AUGGACCGUAUCAACCGCCUUCGUCUUCUUUUGGACCACGAUGAGUCCCUCCUACAUCUCAACGCAGGCCUGCGCAAGCAAGGCGUACACGAGAGAGAAACUCCCCAUGACGCUUCGAACGCACCCCAGGAAGCCAGAAAUACAUCCCAAUAUCCCUCAGAUCCAUCUAGAGACCCUUCGACACAGGACCAAGAAGCCUAUGAACAAGUACACCAACUGACUCCCCUGGACCCCAUCGCCGUUCACGAUGGAUCCUUCUGUCCCGUCGUGGCUGUCUCUCGGUUCCCUUACAAGUUUGUCAAAGACCAACUCUCACAGACAGUAGCCAGUCAAUUCUUCGAUCGUGGCCAAUUCUGGAGUAGAUCUUGGGACCUUCAGGUGCGACAGUUCCUCCAGGAGAUCAACCACGCCCUAGAAUGCCGACUGUCUCUACCGACCGAGUCCAAGAAAGGCAUACUGCUGCCCUUCGGCGAGCGGAACUGGUGGCCCCAACCCAUCUUCUUGGGGAAAUGUACCAGCCUGGACACCAAGGAGCGUCUGCUGGCGGAAAUUCCACCCGCAAGCAACCAGGACCAGUUCCCUACUGACCAGGACAAGGACUACCUGGCCUGGGAGCAGGCCCUCGAGGCGGCCGUGGAUGCCACCAAGAACAGCAAAAAAUCAACCAAGGCCAAGCAGCAGCAGCGCGCCAUGCAUCACCAGAGCCUGGUGCAAUGUCUGGAACGCACGCAGCGGUACUUAGGACUGCAACCGCACGAGGAAGCCGAAUCCGAAAGGACGUGGGAAGCAGCCGCCGAGCACGAGGCCGCCGCCGCCGACUGGGAGGUGACCCGGCCCAUGAUGUACGGCUUCUGGAAGCAACCGCUGCUCGUCAGCAUUGACGUCGAGUGCAACGAGCGCUGUCACAAGCAGGUGACCGAGGUGGGUAUCUCCACGCUGGACCUGUCACUUCUUGUCGAUCAGGCUCCCGGCCCCCUGGGGAAGGUCUGGACCGCGCAGAUCGCAUCGCGACAUCUGCGCGUGCGCGAAUACGGCCACAUCGUCAAUCGGGACUUCGUCGCUGGAUGUCCGGCCAACUUCGAAUUCGGCACGAGCGAAUGGGUGUCAGAACGGGACCUGGGAGCUGUGGUGCAGGCCAGCUGGGAGAACGCGGGCGCAGUGGUUCUCGUAGGACAUAACCCGGGUGCGGAUCUGGCGUAUUUGCGGCAGCUUGGGGUAGCGGUUGAGGUGCAGACUGAGGCGAUGACGGGCAUCGUUGAUGUGGUGGAUACGGCAGAGACGUACCGGAUGUUGCGGGGCGAAGCGACGGUGCGAUCGCUGGGGGGAAUUCUGGGCGAACUGGGACUGACGGGAUGGCAUCUGCACAACGCCGGGAAUGACGCUCGUUAUGCAUUGGAGGCGAUGAUGGGGAUGUUCUUCAAUAAUUCAUCCACUUAA